AUGGAUCCGAAUUUUAUUCUUCUUUCUUCUAAAUCUCAGACAUAUUCUCACAUAGGAGAAUCUAUGAAAGAAGGAAGCCGUCCAUCUUCCAGAGGAAGUGGGCAUGACUCAUCCAUUCCAUGGAACCAAAUCACCCUUUCUAACUUUGUUGAUUCUGACUGGUUUUGUGAUGAACACAUACAAGCUAAAAGGGCCAGGGUAGAAACAAUCAUACAAGGCAUGUCUCUCUCACCAAACCCAAUGAUGCCCUUGAGCAAUCCCAGGGAAAAAGAGAGCAGGCACCCCAUAGAAAAAAGCAGGGAGAACAAGAGGAAACAAAAGCUUCCUCAGCAGCAGAAUCCCCAGCGGGAAGGGUGGUCACAGGACAGUAGAGGAAACUGGAAGGGAGAAGGUCACCAUUUUAAGGAACAACUUCGAAUACUACAGCAGCAGCUAAGAUAUUUUCAAGAGAGACUAUACCAGCUUUCUGAACACAAUGUCUUAGCUCAAAGUCAGAAAGAUACUGAAAGGAAAAAGGGUUCUCUAAAGCGUAGCAAUGACCCAAACCAUGGCCAUUGGGCUUUAGGCAGGGACCAGUUCAAUUAUCUCAAAAGGAACUACACCAAAGGAGAGAAACCUAAAAUUUCUGAAGAGGAAAACCAAUCUAGGACUCCCUGGUCACUAACUUAUGAAGAGAAAACUCUAUCAGAAAUAUUAAAGAAAGAAUUAACUGGGGCUGUGUCACAAGUUGUGGAUUCAGUCUUAAGAAAAGUAUUAUCAAAACCAUCGGGCAACCAGACUCAACAGGAAACUGAUGUCCAAGUGCCAGGCCAAGAGAGAAAAAAUAUAUACUCUACUGCUACAGGGAACACAAGGAAAGAUCAGCUUGCUAUGGAAGCCUCCCAGAAUAUGGCACAAUCACAAACUGAGGCCCAAAUGAGUGCUUUACCAUUGUCCAUGAAGAAGUGCUCAGAUUCUCUUGGGGACCCAGCCAAUUCAAGAAUGACUCAGAAACCCUACCAGAGUCCUCACGUAAACUUGGCUAUGACUUCUCAUAUCCCAGAAAAACAGAUUCUUAGCCAGCUGUUAGGGUAUGGGCAAAAUUGCCACUGGAGUUAUAGCCCUUCCCAGAUCUCUUCCUCUCAAGAUACUUCCUCCCCAUCAUCUUUAGACAUCCCUUGGAACACUUUUAAACUUCAGCCAUCAGGCAUGAGCCAGCGGCCAUGCCCAGUGCCCUUCACCUCUGGUCAAGGAGAAAAUCUGGCUCUUCCAAUAGUGAAGAUGGAACAUCGCAAACUGAAGACUGACUCAGAUGCAAUUCCUUUCUCUUCUGUCCACAUCCAGGAGGGGCUAACCCCUGGCCACCUGAAGAAGGCCAAGUUGAUGUUUUUCUUCACCCGUUAUCCAAGCUCCAGCCUCCUGAAAGCCUAUUUCCCUGAUGUUCAGUUCAAUCGUUGCAUCACCUCCCAGCUUAUCAAGUGGUUUAGUAAUUUUCGUGAGUUUUACUACAUUCAGAUGGAAAAAUUUGCUCGACAAGCUAUCUCUGAAGGAAUCACAAAUCCUAAUGUACUGAAAGUUCCCAGGAACUCAGAACUCUUCAGGACUCUCAACAUGCACUACAAUAAGGGAAAUGACUUUGAGGUCCCAGACCAGUUCUUGGAAAUUGCCAGCCUGACACUGCAGGAAUUCUUCAAUGCUGUCACAGCAGGGAAAGACUCAGACCCUUCCUGGAAGAAACCCAUUUAUAAAAUCAUUUCAAAACUGGACAGCGAUAUUCCUGAGAUAUUCAAAUCUUCCAGCUGUCCACAGGAGCUACUUCGGAAUUAAGAAUCUCCUAGAGCAAGAGAGCUGUCAUUUUUCAUGACAAGAAAUGUGGAAUGAUG